UGACAUCAUCAGCUUUAAAUUGCUGAUUAACGUUCAUUUUGAACGAUGUUUUUUAACAAAUGUGUGCGGUUACGAAUACUAAAUAACUUGUUACACAAUCAUUUAGUAUUGUAUCUUGACGUUCGCGGUAUUAUCCGCAGUAUUGAAGUUACUAGCAUAAAUUUAGUAAGGAUGUUAGAAAUGGAAUCAAGGAUCUCUCUGCAAUCUCUGCCCGACUCGGAUGUUUUUUCCCCUUGCUCAAUUGACCAUCAAGACGUGUUCAUGUAUGAUGAUGAUAAACACGGUCCGAGGUGCGUAGUGGACGGCAGAGAUAGUCCAACAUUUCUUGAUAUCUCCAAUAGCAAAUCUACAUCUUUUCCGGAGAUAAAAACAGAACCGGAUACUGACACACUGAUGAGCUGGACACAGAAGCAUCCCGAACACUGGUCACAGAACGAAAUCCUAGACUGGAUAUACUUUGUCGCGAGUACAAUAGACGUGGACCCGACUACCAUUAGAGGUGAAGGGUUCCAAAAUAUCACUGGACCAGAACUAUGCAGAAUGACACUUGAUGACUUUCAAAGACGUGAUCCAGUGAACGGAAGAUGUUUCUUUGAUAUGUUUAGAUCUUUACAUAGAGAUGCAUUCUUCAUUGAACCAGCGGACUGCGACUUUGCACCGCCUUCUGUAGCAACUUCUAAUCAACAUCCGGAUGUCAAACAGGAAGCUAAGUUGACUUCAUGUCCAUAUUCCAAAGCGCAAGAAGAGAAUUUUGUAACUACUGUACAAGGUAAUGAGCUACAGGUGCUACUCGGUAACGACUGGUACGAUAUUGAUACAUGUGUCGAGAUAACUGAUGAAGCCCUUGAGAAAAUCUCCCGCCAAAUUUUCCCGCAUCCAUCCGAUAUGGGAUAUGGCAGCUCCGAUUCAGAAUCCAUCAGCGAUGCCUCUGAAAACACUUUAGACAUAUAUUCGAGGUUACAUGGGCGGACAGACUCUACCGGAUCUGAUGCAAUGUCUGAUGACGAUUAUGUCCCUUAUCCAGAACCACAAAAAAAGAAGCCGGGUAACAAAAGGAAAGUGACAAAACCUGGUGAGCAGCAGAAACCACAAAAUCGUGGCAGGAAACCGGGCCAAAUUUCCAAAGGAAAUCAUCUCUGGGAAUUUAUCCGUGAUUUGCUCAAAGAUCCAAAAUCUAAUCCACAUCUUCUACGCUGGGAGGAACAGGAGACUGGCGUCUUCCGGUUUGUCCAAAGCGAGGCUGUAGCUCAAAUGUGGGGGAGGAAGAAAAAUAAUCCAGGAAUGACUUACGAGAAACUGAGCAGAGCAAUGAGGUUUUGCCGGACAGCUGGCUACUUUGCAGAAGUGCCAAAAACGGGCAAAUUUCCAAAGAAAUUGUGUUUCCGUUUUGGCGAGAAAGCUUUCGGCUGGAAGGACUAAAAGCACGGGAUGCUUUAGGUAUUAUUACAAGCGAGGAAUCCUGGAUAGAGUUGAUGGCAGACGACUUGUGUACAAGUUUGGUGUCAACUCCCACGGUUGGAAGUAAUGUUAUAACCAAAUAUAUCUAAGAUCUCUCACGUCGUAUAGAACUCCACAGACAAUUCGUUACCCAUAGCAACUAACAGUUCAAAGGAAAGCUCAAAACGAAGAUUCUUUUGGGUCAACGACCAAAGUAGAACUGGCGGCAAAUAAUCAUAGCGAAGGAGAUAUUGAGAGGUGAAGAACUAUGACGCAUCAUGUAACACUUUUAUCGUUCAUUGUAAAAACUGCGUCAUAAAUCCGCUACAUAUGUGAUUUUAUUAAAAGUGCUUAUAACAUUCAUGUUCAUUUUAGUAUUAUCAUGAAGACAUAUUAUAUCAUGAAAGCCAUACAUCUGUUCAUAAAGAAAACGUUAAAUUAAUAGUCAUUCAUUCAUUCGCACGAAAUUGGAAUAAAAUUCCUCCAUUAUUUCGAAUCUCUCUUUUGUAAUUUUAAUUUCAAAUCUUCAAGACUGUUGUUAUGGCAGUGUUUGCUGUCACGAAACUGGCUUAAGAACAGAUCUCCGUGCUUAGAAAAGAAGAACGCUCAAAGUGUUCUUAAACUUUUUUUGGUGUACAUACUUGUUCAAAUUGAUAUUUUAUUGUAGAUAGUACGCUGUAGCAUUUCCUACUAAAUAUUAAUAUAUAAGUCAAAGAUAAUAUAUUGUAAUAUUGAGUGAGGUCUGUGAUCCAGUGAUAAGUUUAUGCCAGUUUGGCUCCAACUCCAAAAUAUGUACUUGGGUGGGUGUGGGAAGGAUGUUUAAAGAAGAUCUGUUUUCUAAGUUCAAAUUUGUUGAAUGUUUUUUUUAAUAUAUGUACCAUUGAAAAAGUUUAUUUGGAUCCAUUUUAUUGCUUUUAUUCGAAUCAAGUUUAAAUUAUAUAUACAUAUGGGUUUAUCUUGGGCAUUUACCAAGAGCUACUUCGACAAGGGGCGGCUGUAUCCUUCAAAACUGGGGCUUGACAAGGGGCGAGGCUAUGAUUCAACACUGGGACUUAAAGAGGGGCGGGUCUAUGAUUCAACACUUUGGCUCUAAAUUGGGACUGGAUCAUUACAUCGAACAGUAAAUGAAUUUUGAGCGGAAUCUGUUAUGUUGUCUGUACUAAUAGGGAACAAGAUAAUACGAAACUAUAAUCCAGAUUCGCCCUAAUUGUAUAACGAUGCCUUCGGGAUAGUGCAAUAUUAGAUUGAGUAAGUUCAAUUUUAUGUUAUGAAUUUAAUUACAAAAAUGUAUUAUUAAUUUUGUCUUGUAAUCGUAAAUGUUUAUAUUUUUGUACGUAAAUUUGUGAAAAAUAAAAUUGUUUAAAAUCCA